UACAAAUAAGAAGCACGGUGACUGUAGAUCUUUGCUCCUCUCUUUAGUACCAGAGAAACAGUCGUAAUGGCUUUAUUUCAGAUCUUCUUAAUCUCGAUACUAAGUUCCUGCAUGGCACAGGAUGAGGAUAUUAUGACUCCUGUUGUGAAUAUAUACACUGAGUUGAAAGAGCUUAAAGCUUCUAUUAAUGGACUGACAACGGAUCUGAAUGCUGCUAAAAAUGAACUAGAAGAGCAGAAAAGCUUGAUUCAGGACCUGCAGAAACAGAUCAAGGAGAGUCCAAGAGUGGCAUUCACUGCAUCCAUGUCAGCAACAGAGAGUACAAGCCGAGGGCCUUUCAGUACAGAGACCAAACUCAUCUUUGAUAAAGUCCUAACCAACGUUGGCGACGCAUACAACCCUGUCACAGGAGUCUUCACAGCACCUGUUAAAGGUGUUUAUUACUUCAGGUACUCAGGCUCCGCCUUUUCCUCCCAUGAUAUGGGUCUGAGCAUCUUUAAAGGCACGGCGCGAUUUGUGUCUUCAUACGAAUAUAAUUCUGGGGAGCGCAACGACCAAAUGUCCAAUGGAGCCGUGAUGGAGCUGAAUGUUGGAGAGGAGGUUCACGUGAGGCUGUGGAUCAGAUGCUGGAUCUUUGUGGAUCGACGGUACAACUAUUCCACUUUCACAGGCUACCUGCUUUACCCACAGGAUUCUGCUUCUGUAUAAUUUAAUCAAGGUUAAUUAUUUAGCAAAAUGUCAAAAAGAAUUGUUUAACAGUCCUGAAAAUAUAUCUCAUGUUUCUUCAGUGUGAAUGAAUGUAAUUAAAAGGUUACUAUUUCAGGUAUACAGACAAAAACAAGUGUUCCUCUAUUACUUAAAUUGCUCUACUACAGGACAUUAGUUGUCAUUCAGGCACUUGGCUAUUCAAAUAGGGACUUACCCUAGACAUUUCUUGUUUAUAUAAAGUUAUUUAGAAUACAGACUAGCUGAACUUUUUCCAGUUUUUCCAAGUGAGUGGCCAAAAGUGAUGUCUGAAGAGGAUAUUUGUUUUUAAUGGCCCUACAAGUUUCAUUAAUAUUUUAGAUUUUUUUAAAUAGUUUAAAUACAAGGGAAAAACAAAACACUAAACUUGGUUAAUGUUCUCUUUGUUUUGCAUAAUUAGGGGUUCAAGCGCGUAGCACUGAAACUAUUGUAGUUGUUAAAAUUUCCAAGGGUCAGCCUUCUCCCCUAAAAGUGAUUUUGGCCACUAUUGUACAUCCCUAGAUGGGAGGAUUUCUCAUAUUUAACUAACUCCCUAACAAAUUUGUCCCCAAAAAAUAGUUAAAGGGAUAGUUCACCCAAAAAAUUGAGCAGUUUAGUCCAAAUUUUCUGAAGCGACUUGAUCACUUUAUGUGAUAAACCAAUUUAAUUUAGGCUUUUAUUCACAUAUAAACAUUGAUCAGUGAACAUAAACAGAAGCUCAACCAAACAUGCUUGACACGUGAGAACUUUUUGCGGAAACUCAAACGUGCUGCAUAACACACUACAAUGAACCUCAUUGGUUCUCGCACAUCAAGCAAACGUGCUUGAGCUUCCGUUUACCACAACUGAUGUAUGAGUUGAUGAAUGUUUAUAUGUGAAUAAAAGCCUAAAUGCAAGUUUAGCCUAAAUUAAUUUUAUGAUCCCUUUAUGAACUUUUUGAAGCAGCAAAGUAGUAGUUGCGUAGCUGUCUAUGAAGUGACAGAAAGCUCUCAGAUUUCAUCAAAAAGAUCUUCAUUUGUGUUCUGAAGAUUAACAAAAGUCUCACUGGUUUGGAACGACAUGAGGGUGAGUAAUUAAUGACAGAAUUUUCAUUUUUGGAUGAACUAACCCUUUAAGUAAACCCACAAACACAAAACACCUGUCAAAUGAAUGUUCUGGAUUAAAUACAAACUAAGCUUGGUUGACUGUAUUUGUGACACACUGUUGAUUAAUUGAUAAAAUUGGCCCUCAAUUUGUAAAAAUGAAGAACAUGUUGACAAUAAUGUCAACAUAACAUCUAACAUAAAUUUUCUUUGUCAUCCAAUCCCAAAAACACAUUUAUUUGUUAAGUUAAAGACAAUGGUGCAUUUUGAUGAAUUAACUGUAAUAUAUCUCAAUAUUGAAGAAUGGAAAUAUUUUAUUUAAAUAAACAAAUAUAAAAUCUGACAUAAAGCUUCAGAGAAUUUAAUAUUAAUUUAACCAUUGAAGUGAUCAACAAAUUUCAUUGCAUAUGUAUAACUGUUUUAUUUCAGUGGGUUUUUUCUUUGAAAAUGACGAGUUUAAUCACGUGGCCAUGUCAGUAAUCUUUUCAGAAUUUCAAUGGACUGUACAUUCCCUUGCUUGUAAAAUUUGCAGUAUUUUCUACUGUCUGUAUGUCUAUAUAUAUUGUGAUUUUCCCUGUUCAAAUUAUUUUUUAAAUUAUUAUCUUUUGCACAAAUCGAAAUUCUGCUCCAUUCCAUUCUUGUGGUUUGUUCUGAAUAUGCCAUUGUUUCUUAUCUUGCCAUGUGGUGGAGAUCAUGUAUGAUGCAGUAACUCUUUAGUUAUGUAAAUAUCUUUACAUUGUGUAUCUUGUGCAAAUUGAUGACAAACGUUACUUAUAAUAACAAUUCAACUAAUCCCAUCCAAAUAUGUCAUGUGAUCUGGGAAAACCCUUCGGAUGUCGCGAUGAAACGUUUUCAGUAAAGUCAAAAAAUAGGUUGAAUGUCAUUUUUUUUUUUUGUCAAAAUUGGGUUUUCAUUCAAUUAUUAUUCUAUAUCAUCUUGUCUAUCAUCUCUGAAAAUAUCUUGGCAAAAUUCGCCUGUUAAGUGCAGAAAAAUAGCGAUUUAUAGUGGCAAGCUGAAAAGACUGUCUUUCUCUAUCGUAAAGAACACACCCGGCUGACGUGAAAAAAAAAUCGGCCAUAGCUUUCCCUUUCUUAACACUACAAAGACAGUUCACCUAUCAAAACAAACCACAUAAUAUGUAGAAUGAAGGUGUAUUAAUGCAAAUUUGCCGCCAGUCCUGUGUAAACUAUGGCACACACAAAAAAAAAAAAAACAUUUCUAAUACAACGUUAUCGUAAGAAGGCGAAGCACAAGAGAACAACGGAGCUAUAAUGCAUAUACAUGUUCUAAUUAUGUUUAUUACAGGUUGAAUUCAAAUCAAAUACUGCCAAACUGCCCAUACUACUUCUGAAUAGGAUGUCUACUUCAUAAAAUGUAUGAAAAUAUGGAAAUAUAUGGUUCAGAUCACGCAAAUAAUUGGAGGCGCCCUUAAAUGGUCAGUAAUAGAGCUUGGGUGUCAUCUAGUGAAAAAUCUUACUGAAAGCUCAUUUUUUAAAUAUAUCAACCUAAAAUUUGGAAUGUUGGCAUUUUUGGUUUUGAUUUUCUUGCAGUUAAGAGUAAAACAUGUUUUGUAAUAAGUAUAUUUUUACAUUUUCAUAAACAUAAACUUCUAUUACUUUUUUUGUUUCUUUCACUUUCAUAAUUUCUUUCACUUCUACAAUAAUGUGCCAAGUGUCUUCUUUAAAACAAGAACAUCCUUAUGUCUGUAUUCCAAAGCGUUCUUGAAUUACAACCAUUUAUGUUUGGAUAGUGCAUUUUUAUGUCUGAUCAGAGCGAUCAGCCAACUUCAGAUAACCAUAACUUUUGUUACAGACAAGCUAUGAAAGAAGUAAAAACAGAUGUGAUAGGUAAAAUUUCACCAUGUGAUGAGUUUUCGCAGAUCACAUCACAUAUGGAUAAAGACUCUGAAUCACCUGAGAUCCUGAUGUAACAGAUCUGCUCUUCAUUCUCCAAUCUGCAUUGUUGUUAGCUUGAUAUCUACACAAACACCCUCACAAACUGAUGGAUGUUGAAUGUACGACAGGUUUGAUAUCAGGCCAUACUGACAGGACUCCAAUAAAUACACUUACACAUAG